AUGCACAACGGCAACGAAGUCUACGCACACCGGCUCUGCAGCAUGCGCAACUAAAUUAAACCAGUGACCUAUCGCGCAAGUUAAAUAAAACGCAGCACGCAAUGAACUUAGUGAAACCAGCUGUUCCGGAGGGCUUUGCCACCAUUCGGACACGGGGACUCUCCCGCAGUACUAGUCGGGCCGAACAAGUUGCCUCCUCCCGGCGGAGUGCAGGUCAAAUGAAACCCGCUGGAUCGGGUCCGCUGUACGAGCACAACAACGGCGCCGGUUUGACGUACAAAAGUACUUCCGCAACACUGAUUUGUGUUCCGCCACCGGUUCCACCGAGAACCACCUCGGAACUGACGAUGAGAAACGAUGUGAAAGAGCUCGACGAUAGGAACUCGUAUCGCGACGAUGAUGAUAUCUACUGUACGGCCGCUCUUACAUACGAAACAUUUAAACCCCUGAAAAGUCCCACUUUAAACUCGGAAACGGUGGACUACGUAAAUUUAGGACAAUCCACGGAUUGCUUGGACCGAUUGAACUAUGACUUCGAAAUGCCCCCGCUGAAGAGUCCGCAGUACAUCACGGAGCUUAAGCUGAUCCAAUCGAAAGCAAUGGAAAGUGGCAGCCUAUUUUCCAGACCGGAGACUCCACCGUACGAGAAAAUACGCCACAGUUACCGAUCCUCUACGCCGGAGAGCUGCGAUUGCUCGUCCGGAUCGUCGACCUAUUCGAAUCCGACCAACAGCGGAAAGAACAGUAGUUUAUCUGGCUUUCUGGGACAGGAAGAUAUAGUAAAACCACCCCCUAACCCGAAAUCACUGGCACUACAGUACCGAAAGUCCUACUCCAGCUCCCGAUCGGAGAUCAUCUACGAAGAAUCGAAAAAGCUGAUCAACGGUAGCCAAUCGAGCGACACCGACUCCGGCUACGACGGCAGCCAAGGAAGCUAUCCGAAAAUCCACAAAAGUGCCGAACUGCUGCUGAACGUAGACUCAAACAGCCGGCUGCCAGCGCGACUUACGCGGGGAUGCUCCACGUUGGGACAUCCAAGAGAUGUUCACAUUGCUGGAAAUGGUUAUCCCCGGAGCGGUGAAAGUAAGUCGACCACUUCGCUGGAUGACGUAGGAGGAGGCGGUAGCCUCAAGACGGAGAAACUGUUGGAGCAGAAAGUCGGUGAGCAGACAACUCUCCGGAGUAAGCCGGUUAUUCCGUGGUACGAGUUGGCCAUCCGCAAGGAUCAUCGCCAGAGCUGUCCGCCGUUGCAGACUCACGUUGUGGAGGCCUUCGAGCAGAGCUUGAUUAAUGUGUCCCAGAAGCUACAGAAGCUGACCGUUUCCAAAGAUCAAAAGGGGGACGAAAUACAAGAGAUGAGGCAAACAAUCGAACUUUUACGGCAGCAAUCUGCCGGAAUAGCUGCUACUCAACUGUUAGCCCUGAGCACAGCGCAUGGAACGACUACCAGCGGAACUACACAUACCGCAUCGCAACAACCACCGCCACCACCUCCUAAAAGUGAGAUGAAACGGCAUCGCAGCGCAGAUUCGAUGCACUCGAUCAGCUCAUCUGGAACCGGCUGCUCCGUUCCGCAGGACAAACAAAAGAAGAAAAGUGGUCUACGAUUGUCGCUAACGAGAGCGUUUUCCCGAAGCAACAAAGACUCAAAAUCGAACCGCCCGGUCAGUCAACACUCCAACCCGGGGAGCAUCGAAAAUAACUUCCAUGGAUAUCGUAGCUGCGAAGAUAUCUGUGCCAGUCCACCCUUAUCACCGACAUUGUCUAGCCCAUCCGAAUCUGCCAGUCCCGUCCAAAAUGUCGAUCAACAACUUACCUACGAUCUGGACGGAAACCCAAUCGUGGAACACCUGGUCAAACAGCUUCGCCAAAAGGAUCUGGUCCUCACCGAUAUCCGUCUGGAAGCGCUAACCACAGCCUCCCAGGUGGAAAACCUCAAGGACACCGUCAUGAAAAUGCGCCAGGAGAUGAUCAACCUGAAACAAAACAACGAAAGACUCCAGAAUAUGGUCACUCGACGUACGAUGAGCGGCAGUGACGUCUCCCUGGGAUCAACGAGUCCAACCAGUUCCUCCGCUGACUGCCGACGGUACAGUGCUGCGACGGACUACCUCCACGGUCGUCCACCAUUCGAUGUAAACUUGGACGAAGGCGAUGAAGACAGUAUGCCUCCUGCCCCGGCUCCGGAACCUCCACCGGAACCACUUAGUCCGGCAUUCAUUGCCGACCUAUCACCCUCGGUUGAACGUCCCUCGUUAGCCGAUGAAAUAACUGCCCUUCCAUCAGAAUCCCAAACGGACCACAUUGAAGGCAAAAAGAUAGCCAUCGCAGUCUACCUCGGUCAGACGGAUCAGUUUGCCCGGUAUUUGGAUACGAUGAAUGAAAGUGGUCACCUGGAGAAUGGAAAGAUUAAACAGAACGAGUUCACGAUCGCCUUCACUUACGUAUCCGGGAAGACCAACUGGCAAAGUCUGGACUACAUCGUGGGUCGCAGUUUCCGUGAUUUUCUCGACCGUGUCGAUCCGGCCGGUAAUCUUGGACUGAACACGGAAUCGAUCGCCAGUUAUCAUCUGGGGGAAGCGAGGCGUUCCCAUGAGCUGUACCUGCCGGAGUUGCUUCCGUACGGGUACAUAAUCGGUAAUGUCGACACGUUGUAUAUAUGCCUGCGGGGAGUCAGUAACGUGGCGCUGGAUAAUCUCAUUAUCAAGAAUAUGGUGCUGCGAUAUAAAUCGUCCGCUGUUGUCGAUCAGAAACGAGCGAACCAGCGCGCAUCGAUGGAAUCGGUCGGGAAUUAGUGUCGUUGAAGUGUGCAGUUUGUGCUUCAGUUUAGCGUUUGUGUGUCGUUGCCGGCAGUGCCUUCAGCUGGUUAAUUUAUGAAUCCGUUUUGCGCUAGGAUUAGGAAUACAGUUGGAACUUUGCCCAUGAAUUAGGUCGGUUUGUUAAUAAAACGGGUCGCUGGCGAUUCAGGUGGCAAUUCGACGUGUAUGUAGUCGGAAAACAAUAAUUGACAUAUUUAUUAAAAGAUUUCACUCACAGAUUAGCCUAAGAAGAGACUAAUUUGAGUAAGUAACAGUCAAAUUUUUGUGUACUCUGUUAAGCUUUCAUGCUAGAUUUAAUUUGCACUAGGUUAGACAAUUAGUGAAUAUUUACAGGUCAGCUAGUUGAAAUUUACGCUAUAACCAACGGUCCAACGAAUAGAUGCCUUACAACUAAAUAAACUAUUAGAUCAGAAAA